AUAUCUUCUUCUGCGGGAGGAGAUACCUGACCUCCACCUCCUAGAACUGCGCCUGCUUGUACCAAGGCAUAUAAAACUAGCGCCCCCGAAAGCCUCGCCUCCUGCCGCAUAAACAGCAUCGAGCCACCCCCCCUGACCACCACAUCACCACCGCAAGGGAAGGCAGACCCAGAUUUCCUCUCCUCUCCUCUGCUCAAGCGCAUCUCCCUCUCCACCACCGGCCUCCACUGACCACCCGCGAUCUACGUCCACCUUCUUCGUGCCGCCGGCGAGGGACGACCGCCCUCAGUCGCCGCUGCGCCCUUCUUCUCUUCGUCCUCGGCCGUCCGGAUCUGAACUGGCCUUUCAAUAACAAGGAAACACCUUAGGGAAUGCAGAAAGAUGUGCUUGCAUGUUAAAGAGCUACCUUGUGAGGGACUUGGCAGGGUAGCCGCCCAUAUUUCUUCUUUGCCGCCUCUUGAUGACAUUGGGGCUCCACAGCACGCACAGCUCCUGCUCCUUGUGCUUCUGCACAAUGGGGUUCGACGUGGCAGCUCAACCAUCUUCUUAGAGAACCACCUCGGGGGAGACGGUUGAAGUCUUCAAAAACACUUGCAGGCUUCUUGUUAGCCCAUUUCAAGUCUUGGAUCAGUGCGGCCUUUUGUGUACAUACAGUAUACAUUCGGCGUGAUGGCGGAGCAGAAAGGAAAUGUUUUGAUGCAGAAGUAUGAGAUGGGAAAGAUGCUUGGACAAGGGACCUUUGCCAAGGUCUAUCAUGCACGUAACACAAAAACUUUAGAAAGUGUGGCGAUCAAAGUGAUUGACAAAGAGAAGGUUAUGAAGGUUGGCCUCAUUGAUCAGAUCAAGCGGGAAAUCUCUGUCAUGAAGCUUGUGAGACAUCCCAACAUUGUCCAACUAUAUGAGGUUAUGGCUACCAAAACUAAGAUAUACUUUGUGUUGGAGCAUGUGAAAGGCGGAGAAUUGUUCAACAAAGUUCAGCGGGGACGUCUCAAGGAGGAUGCUGCUCGCAAGUACUUCCAACAGCUGAUUUGUGCGGUGGACUUUUGCCAUAGCAGGGGUGUCUAUCAUCGAGAUUUGAAGCCAGAGAACCUUCUGCUUGAUGAGAACAGCAAUCUAAAGGUGUCGGAUUUCGGUCUAAGUGCACUUGCUGAAUGCAAAAGACAAGACGGCCUGCUCCACACGACCUGUGGCACACCUGCUUAUGUCGCACCUGAAGUGAUCAAUAGAAAAGGUUACGACGGAGCAAAGGCAGACAUCUGGUCUUGCGGGGUCAUCCUCUUCGUGCUACUGGCUGGGUAUCUCCCGUUCCAUGAUAAAAACUUGAUGGAUAUGUAUAAGAAGAUUGGGAAGGCGGAGUUCAAAUGCCCGAGUUGGUUCUCUACUGAUGUUCGAAGGCUUCUGCUAAGGAUUCUUGAUCCGAACCCCAGUACAAGGAUCUCAAUGGAAAAAAUUAUGGAGAAUCCAUGGUUUAGGAAGGGUCUAGAUGCAAAGCUUCUCAAGUAUAACUUACAAACAAAGGAUGCCCCGCCUGUGGAAGUUAAUGCAGAUUUUGAUUCCAUGAGUACCAUCACAGCUACAGAGGGCAAGCAACAAGAAGCCAGAAAGCCCGCCAACAUGAAUGCAUUUGAUAUAAUAUCUCUAUCAACUGGUUUGGACCUGUCAGGUAUGUUUGAAGAAUCUGACAAGAAGAGAGAGUCCAAGUUCACAUCCACCAAGACAAGCUCAACGAUUAUAUCAAAGAUUGAGGAUAUUGCGAAGAACUUGCGAUUGAAGCUCACAAAGAAGGAUGGUGGUUUAUUGAAGAUGGAAGGUUCCAAGCCUGGAAGAAAAGGAGUGAUGGGCAUCGAUGCUGAGAUAUUUGAGGUUAGCCCGAACUUCCAUCUUGUGGAGAUAAAGAAGACAAACGGUGAUACUCUAGAGUACCAGAAGGUUUUCAACCAAGAGAUGAGGCCAGCGCUAACGGACAUAGUAUGGGCUUGGCAAGGUGAGCAGGCGAAGCAGCAACAACAGACGUCCUGUUAAAUAUUGUGACAAGUGCAACGUUUCUCGAGGCAAUUUCCAACAUUCAUGUAGUAUUUGUUUUUACGCUCCUGUGAUUUGUUUUUGUCCCCCCUUGUAUUACCAAUAUAAACAUCUGUGUUAGGAGUAUCUUGUAAGACAAUUUUAUCUCAGAGCUAAACAAGUAUCGUCUCAUUUUAUCUA